AGGUCUCUGAGGGCGCCGCGGAAGGCGGAAAGGAGAAGAAAGGAGCCAAGGGCAGCAUUGCCCCCCCUCCGUCCUGCAUCUCCGUCAUGUCCUCCAAGAAGCUCAAACAGCAGCAGCUCCUUCAAGCGAUGAGACUGAGGGAGUCGGCCGCCUCUUCGGCUUGCUUAGCCAAGCCCCCAGAAGAGGCACCGCCGGAGACCUUCAAGAAAGUGGCCUUUGAGUUUGAAAUCCCGGUCUGCAAAGGUGUCCUUGACUACGCGGCGACCGACCUGGUGCAGUUCAAGCAGUACUGCUGCCUCUUCUGGGGGAGCCUCUUCUCCUUCCUGCAGCAGGUGGAGGCUCUGAUGAAGGACUACGCCGUCCCGCUGGCCAUCGUCAUGGGGAAGAGAGCGAUGGACCUCGUCCCGCAUUUUGAGCUAAGCCAGAGGGCCACCCGGGAGGAAAUCCUCUCGGUCUUAAAGAACGUCUCCACCGUCCGGAAGCUUUUAAAGCAGCCCGGCCGGAGGUACAAAGGCCAAAACGGGACCCAAAAGGCAGCCACCAAGAUCCAGGCGACGUGGAGGUGUUACAAACUGAGAAAGUCCUACAUCGGGUUCCGGCAUCAGCAGUGGGCCUCGGGCAUCAUUGCCAUUUCUUGGCUGAUCCACGUUCACCUGCAACGGGUCCGAAAGACGCUGAAGGAAUCUCGGCAGAAGCACCUGGAGAACUUCCGCCUCAGGAGCAAGCAUCUGGCCGCCAACUGGAAUCGCAUCAGGAGCUCUAGGAGGACGAUUAUCCAUAUCCCAUCGUUAGGAUACAAGCAGUCCCUUCGAGAGGCCGACCCAGAUUUCGCUGUUCUUCAGGGAUCGCAGUUUGGAAGGCUGUGCGAGAUCAAAGACGCAAAUGUGGACGUCAUCUAUAUUUGCCCCUUAGAAGUAAGUGAAGAAUUGCUGCGGUACUACAAUAAACUCCUGGGUUUGCAGCCAGCCGUUCGGUCUGGGAACCCCGAGGACAUUGGUGACCUACAGGACAGGUUCAAAAUCCUCACCCCUGAAGCCAUCAACAGUUUUCCUAUGAUUGAGGCCCUCAGUCAGCUGAUUAUAGACAAUCCAGAAGUGCAGCGUUGGGUGUUCAAGGUGGAUAAUGAAUUUGGAGGAAAUGGGACUGCAUUUUGUGACAUCACUAAACAUCUCCAAUGCUACGCUUGGCUUAUGAAGGAGCAUCAUCGAUACGGACCAGAGAUGUGGAAGAAGAGAUGGGCUCAUGAACCAGCUUUGGUGAAGCUCUCACAGGAGCUGCCGGGCCUUUUAGCACAGCACGCUCAGGCUGUCAAUGAGAAACGAUUUCCUACAUGGGGGAAAUUCCUCCAAACGUUUGUGAGUCAAGGUGGAGUCGUCGAAGCCUUCCCACCUUCCGAUAGCAUCACCAGCCUCACGGUGGACAUGCUGAUUGAACCCACCGGGGAGGUCACAAUGGUUUCCUGCGGAGACCAGUUCCACGCCGAGGGUCCUUUGCAGUCUUCAGGAACCACCCUCCCUCAGGCUUCCGUUGAACCCAAGCGCCUCCAUCAGCUGUGUCUUAAGAUCGGGGAGGCCUGCAGAGCCAGGGCGGUGGUGGGAUACUUUUCUGUCGACUUUGUGACUUUCAUCCACCCGCAGACUUUGAGGCAGCAGCUAAAAGAAGGAACCAUUUUUAUCUUGUUUGAAGACCAGAAACGAAGCACAUUUGGAAUGAUAACAAUUGGAGAACAUCUCCAGGGGGCCCUCAUGACCUUUGCUCAGCAUCUCUUCAUCAUCUAUCAAGAAUUAUCAGCACCUAAUAUGCAUGCCGAGACCAAUUUUAAGGGAGCCAUUCGGGAUGUUGAGAGGAUCCUGGGGGUUACAGAACAGAACAAGUUAAAAUUUGAAGAGGAAAAGAAGGCCUCAAAAGCAAAAACACCCAGAAAAUAAUUAAAAUACAUUCUUCACACCUUGAGAUUCUCAACAGGCCUCUUCA